AUGUCCGACAAGACCGCUCCUACCCCGUCCCAAGGCGACAUCAACUUUAUGGUUGAGAUCUUUAAACACAUGACGGAAAAGCCAAAUAUCGACUGGGACAGCUUUGCAACCGCUGCAGGCUUCAAAAGCGCGAAUGUCGCCCAGACUCGCUGGGGUCAGAUUAAGCGCAAGUUCAACGACCCGGCCCGCCCCGCCACCCCGAAGAAGGCAACCCUUAAGGCCACCCAAUCAACUCCUGGCUCAUCUUCUAGGGUCAAGAAAAACACUGGUCGUGUCGGAAUAAGAGGGACUAAGGCCAUGAAGUCAGAGGAGAAGGUCGAGGAUAGUGAGCCUGAGGGUUCUAAACCUGAGACCACUGGCGAGUUGACAGGCUUCAAGCUCGAGGAGGAGAUCUGA